UUAUAUGGCUGCAGGCUGUAGCUCCUCCAUGAGUACCUGCAAAGUCAACACACCACGGCAACCCGUCAUUGCUUUGUUCUCUGGUCAGGUGCUUUGACUCGCCUCACCUGGAAGUUCACCAUGACGUCUCGCAUCUGCUCUCUUUGCUGCGGCGUCAUCAGCGCCUCUGCCGCGUGUGCGUUGGCGAAGAGGCCUCUGAGUGCGCCGUGUCGCGCAUCGUAGUCCACGUCAGACAGAUGAUGCUGGUCGAGGGCGGUUGUCGUGAUGCGAUUCGCCACGCUAGCGAGUGUGUGGAUGUAGUCCUGAGGAUCCACCCUUUGCCUACCGGACAU